ACGAUUUUCCAAGAAGGCGCACAUUCCGCCCCAUCGACCGUGGUGAUUGAACAGUACGAUAAGAGCUGAAGCGUGGGAAAAAUCGACCGCAAGACCCUAUCAAUGAAUUCUGUGCUCAUCACGGGUUGUAACCGAGGUCUUGGCCUGGGGCUGGUCAGAUGUUUUGUCCGAAAUCGCCAAGAAGCGCCGAAAUUCCUCUUAGCCACCGUGAGGAAUGCUGAAAAGGCCGAAGAAUUGCAGCAAUUGGCAAAGGAGCACCCAAAUAUUCAUAUUUUGGAAAUUGACCUGAAGAACUUUGACGAAUACGACAAUUUCGCCAGGAAAGUGGGAGACAUUGUGAAGGAAAAUGGACUGAAUGUUCUUCUCAACAAUGCCGGAUACUCUCCCAAGUCCACCCGUUUGCCUCAUACGCAGAGGAAGGAUCUUCUGGACUGCUUCGAGGUGAACUCCGUUGUUCCCGUGAUGCUGACCAAGGCUCUCUUGCCGCUGCUUCAAAAGGCCGCCAGUGCGAACGUUGAUCGCGCUAUUGGACCGCAGAGGGCGUGCGUGGUGAACAUGUCGACAUUGCUGGGAUCGAUUGCAGCGAACGACAGUGGCGGAUUGUAUGCGUAUCGUAUGUCCAAGGCGGCUCUGAACAUGGCAACGAAGUCGAUGAGUCGAGACAUGAAAGGCGACAAUAUCAUGGCAGUUUGCCUACAUCCGGGCUGGGUGCGUACAGACAUGGGCGGCUCGAGGGCGCCACUGGAUGUGGAGGAGAGCACAUCUAGUAUGGAGAGACUCAUUCGAGGACUGUCUGCGGAGCACAAUGGCAAAUUCCUCCAAUACGACGGAAAAGAGCUUGAAUGGUGAAAUGUACAAGAUAAUUUGAAAAUAAAGUAGAUUUUUUUUUAUAAGGUGAUAUAUUUAUAGUCAUUUAAAAUUAAAUUUACAGUUUACUUCUUAUUACUCAUUUCUAUAAUUAGGGCUUACAAGUGUAUUUUUUUCAAUUUUUCCUUCUUAUCCACUUUUUAAAUACAUUUAUAAUAGGUUUCUCUCUCGCACGCUAAUUUUCUCAUUUGACUCAGGACAGACAAAAAUUGUAAAAUAGUUUAGCAAAGGGGAAAAAAAUAAUAAUAAAUAUAAAUGACGAAUAACAUGGCAUAUAACAAAAUAAAAAGUAGCUAUUUCUCAAACUCCUCUCUCAUUGUAUUUUCCUUAUACAAUAAUAAAAAUAUUUUGUGGAAUUAAUUCUUCACUCUUCUGUUGUGUGACAAAGUCGUGUUUUCACUUCUUCUUCUUCUUCUUUAGUUUAAAUCAUUUUUGUAAAGAAAAAAAAGGAAGAUUUCAUGAGGAAUCGAUGAAAUAAAUACAACAAUUGAAUUUAAUGACAUAAGAAAUGAAACGAUCAUGAAUCCCUUCAAAAAUAUCUCUUUUUACGGCUAAUAAGGAGGAAACAUAAACGAGGGAUAAUCAAUUAUCAUUCGUUCCCGGCAUUUCUGUACCAUUUUUCUCACUUUACAUCUAUGUAAAAGUAAUAAUUUAUGGAUUUAUAUCAUAAAUACAAUGUAAUAAGAUUAGUUUAUCAACUAAUGCUCAUCGAUAAUCAUGUAUAAUUGGCUAUCUAAAUAGAAAUCUAUUCAUGUUUUUAAACUAUUUCUUCUUUAUAAUUUCUUUUUUUUCUCAUUUUUUAGUGCUUUUAGGAGUUUUUGAAACUUUUCUUCUUCACUUAAAUUCACUACGAUUUCUUUCUCAUCUGUCUACACUUUUUUCUUUUAGCAUUUAAGUCGUAAAAAAUUCUGCCACUUUUCGCUCUCAGAAGGAUUUUUUUUUCACUUUCUGUUCUUUUUGAGGAAAAUCUUCAACGGAAAGACAAAGAAUUUCACAAAAAAAACAAAAUCAUCACUUUCACUACACUUACAGAGUAUCAUAAUAUAUAUAUGUAUAUAUAUAUUUAGGUUUUUCUCUUCUCUUAGUAAAAUAAUUUUUAUUGUAUUAAAAAAUGUUUCUCUUUUUGUAUACUUUUUCUCGUCAAUU